CGCAGAAGCUCCGUCCGCUCCGCUCUCAAUCUGCAACAGCUGACAAAGGCGACACGCACAGACAGCGGCCGUCAUGAAGGGAGCCCUGCUGCCCGGGGACGCGGGCCCCCCGGGAUCCCCGCCCCCCCUCGCCGCGUCGCUGCCCGAGAGGACCUCCCCGCGGUCGCCCCUCCCGGCCCUGCUCGCCUCCCCCACCGCGGGGAACGGCACCUGGGAGGGGGGCUCGGCCCCCCCCGCGUGGUGGGGGGGCGGCACGGGGGGCCUCGGGGUCCUACCCCUCGUUUACUACAGCGGCCUCCUCUCCCUGGGACUGCCCGCCAACGCGCUCACGCUUUUGGUGCUGCUGCGGCUGCUGCGCCGCCGCCACAAAUCGUGCUACAGCUACCUGCUGGCGCUGGCCGCUGCUGACACCAUCACGCUGCUGCUCGUGGUGCUGCUCGACCUGCUGCUCCUGGGCGGCUGCGGCGGCGCGGCCGGUCUCGGACCCCCUCCCUCCGCGGCCGCGGUGUCGGCCGCGCGGCCUCCGGGGGCCCUGCUGCGCCUGCUGGGGGUCCUGCAGUUCGGCGCGAACCACGCGUGCGUGUGGACCGCAGUGCCACUCACGGCCGACCGCUACGUGGCCGUGUGCCGCCCGCUGCGCUACUGCUCCGUGUCGUUCCCGGCGCGGGCGCGGCGCGUCAUCGUGUCCGUGUACGCCGCCAGCCUGGCCUCGGCCGUGCCCUUCUACUGGUGGCCCGAUGCGUGGGGGCGCGGUGCGGGCGGCUCCCGCGCGGCCGCCGCGGCGCCGCUCCACCGCGCGCUGCUGUGGUUCCACUGCCUGGCCGCGUACUUCGUGCCGUGCGCGCUGCUCCUGGCGCUCAACGGCGCCAUCGUGAGACGCCUGCGGAGGCGGAGGGGGCGACGCGGAGUGGCGGGAGGAGGAGGGGGGCGCACGGGGCUGGGCGCGUCGCGGCCGCGCCACGGGAAGCCCACGGCCGUGCUGCUGGCCGUGAGCGCGGCCUUCGUGUUGCUGUGGGCCCCGCGCGUGGCCGUGGCGCUGUACCGCGCCUACGCGCCCCCGGGCCGAGACGCGGCGCGCCUGGCGCAGCUGGCGCAGCUGGCGCACAUGGUCGCGCUGCUCAACGCCGCCCUCGACUUCUGGCUUUACUGCUUCGUUUCGCGCCGCUUCCGCCGCGCCGCCGCGCUCACGCUGCGCGCCAUGGCGCCCUGCGCUGCGCUGCGCGGGGGGCCGCGGCGGCAACGGGGAGCGGCGUGCGGCGCGGAGGCCGCCGGGAUGAGAUCCGGGCGGGCGGCGCGGGGCGCGGGGCUGCUGAGCGGCGCGGGGGGCGCCGGGCUGGGCGGCCCCCCUCCCUCGUCGUACAGCGCGGCGAUCACCGUGUCCAGCAGCAGCAGCCUCAGGGUCUCGCCGUCGGACGCGCCCGUCGGCUCCACGACGCGCAAACUACCCCUGCUGCCCGACACCGCGGAACCGGGGCCCUGA